AGUUUCUCUAUAAUAUCUGUAAACAUACAUAUUUCUGCGCGAAUUAGAUAGAGUUGGAAUUUUUGUGACCUGGCUUGCACCUUGCAUUUGGGGCAAACCCAAGGAACUAAGCACCCAAGCGACACACCCGCAGCAGCAGGCACUGCACCCCUAUGGGCAGGCAGGCGUAGGAUUCGAAGAUAUCAAGGGAAGCUUGGAGAUUCGUGUACUUAGUUUAAGGGAUUCCUGAUAAAUUCGGGAGCAUGUCGGAGCGCAUCGUCGAAGUGCCCUCGCAGAAGAAUGCAGGCAUGCCGGGAUCAGCCGGGAGCAGAUCCCACAUCGGUCAGGACCAUCCCCUGAUGUUGUGCUUUCAGCGGAAGAGCAUUUUGAUGAAACUGAUGAAACACAUGGGCUUAGUGGGACGACAGGGAAAGAGCUUCAGUUUCGAGGGCUGCGAGAGCCUACUGGACACCUUUCUAGGGGCAUUGACGAUAUACAUGGAGACUGCCUUGAAAGAGAUCAUCGAACGCUGCGAGCACCGCUCUGGCUAUCAUCUCCACGACGACAAUCGCUGUGAGUUGAUUUACGACAUGAAAACCAAGAUGGAACGCCUCGACGAGAGGUACCGGGAGGAGCAUUGCCUGUCGGAUGAAGAUGACAACUUCCAGCGCAAGGCACCCUCCUCGGACUUCGGGCUGGGCAUAGCCAGGCGCCUGACGACGACUAACAACACGGCCCUGAAUGCCAUUGGAUCGCGCAAUCGCCAGGCUCCACUGGCAGCAAAGCCGGGAGGAUCUCUGGCCAUGCGUCCGGCAGCUAAGCUAAGGUGGAAGUACAUCUGCGUCGCCGAUGUGAUUCGGUUCCUAAAUGACGACAAGCGCUAUGCUCAAACGAGGAUGCUGAUCGCUGCAAAUUCCAAUUAUGAGCACUAAGGCGGACUCUUCCAGUCUCCGAAGAUCUGUGAGCCUCACACUCCGUUUGUCCAGUUCCUGCACGCGCGUUCCGAUUUCAAUUGCAGCCAUUUCAGUUCAAUGAACUUCCUCUUCGAAUAAAUCUCAACCAACAGCCAAAGCCCAAGGAAACAGGUGGUGUGUCCUUUGUUUGUCUGCUCUUCGCAUUUCAAUGGAUUCCCAAUGGCUCAAGGGAAACCCAAGAUCUCUACUCAUGCACUCUGAACUUUUGUGCUGUCGGCGUAGCCCCGCCGACGAAUGCGACAAAGCGGAGUACUCAAAGGAAUUUCCGGCGAGACAGGAAGCAUAUGCGCUGCGCAUUGCGCAUGCGGCGCACUGCUGGCGCGGCCUUUGGUUUCUUUUGGAUAGGAAACGUGAUGCUAUCAGCGCAGCUCAUUAUGCUAAGUGCUGGCAAUAAAAUCAAAGCGCACGAGGGCGACACAUCUCAUCGAACUUCAAUUGAAGCCGUGCGCCAGGGCUGCCAUUCGUCGGCAGACUGGCCCGCUCACGUACCAGGCCGAGACAUGCCGGAGGAUCGUGCCAAGAAGUCUUUGGCGUAGCAUUAAUUUCCAUGUAAUUGUGCCCACAAUUGUUCGAAUGGGUUAGAGUGAUUAA